UGAGGUAGAUCAACGACUUCUAAGCAAUUUGCUAGAGUUUCUGCACCAGCUGUCCACAGAUACAGCACAAGAGCUAGGGAAAGACAUCAGACAACAAUUAUUUGAAGCUUGGGAAAGUUGGUUGAUGACAAACACUGAGAAGUUUCAGUGGGGAGAGGAAGCAGAACUCCUUGUGCGCACAAUAAAUCUUUGUGCUGGUCGUAUUACUUCAGAUCACACAGCAGCCCAGCUGGAGCAUUACCGGUUGUCUAAACUCAUCAACAAAAUUUGCCACCAACUUCAUGAAUCUAAGAGCAGAAAGGCAAUUGAUGCUGAAAAUAGCAACGGUAGCUUCAAAAGACUAGAGGUAGAAGAAGAUAUGCAAGCACUUGUGCAAUUAGUACUUCAAAACUCGGCAAUAGGCAAUCCGUCUGAUAUCAAGCAAACAUUUCUGGCUGUGGCAAAGACUUUCUUUUACACAACGUAUUGUGAUAAGGAUACUAUUGAUUUCCAUAUUUCUAAAGUACUCCAUGAACCAAUAGUAUAAAAUUAAA